AUUUUUAACACAAUUUAUUAAUCGUGUUCGCAUUGAUACAUGAAAUAAACACAAAUCCCACCGCUGAUUUUAAAGUAAAGAAUAAUUCAAUUCAACGAUGGUGCAAUAAUGAAGCUUGGAAUCAAUGAAGUUGGUCAUAGUGAUUAGUGAGUCUAAAGGCACCCUACUGAAACGAAUAAUGUGAAAAAGCUAAAGAAGAAAAAUUAAAAAGAACAAGAACAAUGGGUUCUUAUUUCAUAGGCUACCUAUCUUGAAGAGUAAGUACAUAAUAUUCUUCUUUUUUCAUCUUUCAAUUCAUUGAAGAGCACUAAUACAUGUAAAAGACCACUCUCCGAUCCAAACUUUUCCUGUUUAUGUGUCUAUAAAGGGAAGCACACCGCAGGCAAAACCCAAGUUUACUGAUAAAAAGUUAAAAACUUGACGACAAUUUGAAUAAAAAUAUCAAAUAAAUCUAUAUACUUUCGGUUGAGAACAAAAUUUUCUAAUAAGGCCGUAGUAAAAAAAUAUAUAUUAUUUUUUAAAAAUUUUUAAUAAUAAAAUAUUCAGUCUUUGAGUUUAUUUGAAGUUGAGGAAAGGUUCGGAGACUUGUUCUUGACAGGACCACGUAUAAAUUCUCUUCUGGACUCCUUGAAAUCUUGCCCGUCCCGUAACUACUAACCAGAUCUUUUUUGUCACAAACGCUAAAACAGAAAAGAGAUAUCAGCAUCUCAUUGGUCCUUACUCCAUUCACCACUCAAUCCCACUCUUCCUUCCUCUCCAGCCAUGGAAGUUGCAGUACCAGCAACUUCAAUACCCAAGGCUUUUAAUGUCCUUGCAAUUUCCAUUGUCCAAAGAGUAGCUAACCCCACUGCCUUGAUCCCAAUAUGGCCUACCACAAAUCCCAGCGUGCACACUCUUUAUGCCUCAAAUCCUAUCUCAAGAAACAACACCCUUCUUUCCCUCACUCGCUGCUCCACAAGACCAGACACCAACACAAACAAUGGAAGAGGCCAAGAUUCGAGUACUGGCUCAAAUCCUACUUCAAAACCCCAGAAUUCAUCAACGCCCGUUUCAAACAAUUCACUUUCCUCUUCUUUUCCAUCACCAUCAUUAUCUAAAGGGUUGGUGUUUGAUUUGGGUUCCAUUGAUUCGUGGGAUAGCAAGGAAAUUGGGUCACCAGUGGUGAAAAGGUUCCUUAGCGAUGAGGAAGAGAGAUGGUUCAUGUGGUACCAUGGAAAUUCUAGUAAACACCCAGAGGUUGAUUCUAUAGGAUUAGCAGUUUCCAACAAUGGCAUUCACUGGGAGAGAGGAGUAGAACCUGUUAGAUCAAGUGGGGAUGUGGGUAUGGUGAUGAAGUGUGGUCAAGAUUGGUGGGCAUUUGACACUAUGAGCAUUAGACCUAGCGACGUGGUUAUUAUGUCAAGCAGUAAAUUCAAAGCGUUAAGUGCUGUGUACUGGCUUUAUUACUCUGGUUUCAGCUCUGAAAAGGUGGAUUUUGUAGAUGAUGAUUCUUUGGAAUUAAAUUUAGAGAACCCAGAAAGGUUUUGCAUUGAUAACAACAAUUAUGGCAGUGGAAAAAUCUUCAAGUCCUUGCCGGGCUUGGCAAUUAGUCAAGAUGGGAGAAAUUGGGCUAGAAUUGAAGGGGAUCAUCACAGUGGAGCUUUGUUUGAUGUGGGUGCUGAGAAAGAAUGGGAUUCCUUGUUUAUUGCUAGUCCUAAAGUUGUUUUUCACGGAAAUGGUGAUCUUAGGAUGUAUUAUCACUCAUUUGACAUGGAAAAAGGACAAUUUGCUAUUGGGAUUGCAAGGUCAAGAGAUGGGAUUAAAUGGGUGAAGUUGGGGAAGAUAAUGGGAGGAGGAAAAGUUGGUUCUUUUGAUGAGUGUGGUGUGAUGAAUGCAAGUGUUGUUAGGAGCAAGAAAGGUGGGAAGUAUGUGAUGGCAUAUGAAGGUAUUGCCGCUGAUGGAAAGAGGAGUAUUGGAUUGGCAGUGUCACCUGAUGGAUUAAAAGACUGGAGGAGAUUUCAAGAUGAAGGAGUGCUAAAGCCUUCAGAGAAAGAUGGAUGGGAUAACAAGGGAAUUGGAUCUCCUUGUUUGGUGCAAAUGGAUGGGGAUGUUGAUGAGUGGAGGCUGUACUACAGAGGAAUUGGCAAUGAAGGAAGGACUGGGAUUGGGAUGGCAUUUUGCUUAGGAAAUGGUAUCAGUAGUUUUCGAAGAUGGACAGGUUUCAAAUUAUAAGAUGAUAUGACCGGGUAUGUCAUCUUCUUCAAUUUUUUUUUUAAGAGUUGUCUUACUUUACAUCUCAACUUUAGAUUGGUUGCUCAAUUAGAUGACGCAACAUUUGAUUUACAAUCAUAAAUGAAAUACUGAUUUUUUUUU